UUUCCGGAAGAGCAACUGGUGCGAGUUUAAUGGACAAGGAAGAGAUAUUUGUUUAGGUUUAGUCUGGCGAACGCGUACUUUUCUUUCAUCCGGUAGUCUGGCGCUUCUCUUUUAAAAUCGUUAACAUGCCUUUAUUUGCCCAAAAUCCGUUUGACCAAGAUGUCGAGAAGGCAACCAAUGAAAACAACACGUCAGAUGACUGGGGUCUCAUUAUGGACAUCUGUGAUAAGAUUGGAACCACUACCAAUGGACCAAAGGACAGCUUGCGAUCCAUUAUGAAGAGAGUCAACCACAAAGUGCCUCAUGUCGCCAUGUUGGCCCUCAAUUUGCUGGGUGCUUGUGUAUCGAACUGUGGAAAAAUAUUUCACCUGGAAAUCUGCUCAAGGGAGUUUGCAAAUGAAGUCCGGAGUGUGUUGAACAAGGCUCAUCCAAAGGUGUGUGAAAAACUAAAGGCCCUGAUGGUCGAGUGGGCAGAAGACUUCCAGAAGGAUCCACAGCUCAGCCUGAUCGGUGCCACCAUCAAGUCCAUGAAGGAAGACGGCAUCAGCUUCCCCUCUGCAUCCUCACAGGGGUCCAGCACAAAGUUCAGCCCACCUGCCGCAAGCAAAGCGGUGGAUGACGAUGACCUGGCCAAAGCCAUCGAGCUGUCCCUGCAGGAGCAGAAGCAGCAGGCGGAGACGCGGCCCCUGACCGUGACCUCCGACCCCCCGACCCACACGAACGGCGGCGGCGCGGCUCAGGAGGCCCGGAAAGUGCGCGCGCUCUACGACUUCGAAGCGGCCGAAGACAACGAGCUGACCUUCAAGGCCGGAGAAGUCAUUCUCGUUUUGGAUGACAGCGAUCCAAACUGGUGGAAAGGCGAGAACCACAGAGGAGUGGGCCUUUUCCCCUCCAACUUUGUCACAACCAAUCUGAAUGCGGAGCCGGAGACAGUGGCUUACGUGGAGAAGACAGAGACUCCUGAAGAGACGACCCCCGAGCCCAGAGCUGAGCCCGAGCCCGUCUUCAUUGACGAGGGGAAGAUGGACAGAACGCUGGCGCUGCUGCAGAACGCAGAUCCUGCAGAUCCGGCCCCAGACUCCGCAGAGCUGCUCCAGCUGGAGGGCGCGUGCGAACAGAUGAACCCUUUGAUCGAUGAGAAGCUGCAGGGGAUCGACAGGAAUCACUCUGAGUUGUCUGAGUUGAAUGUGAAGGUCUUGGAAGCCCUGGAGCUCUACAACAAGCUCAUGAACGAGGCUCCGUUCUACUCGGCCUACUCCAAGAUGCAGUCGCAGUAUCCGGGAGCCGGCUCCGCUGUGCCCAUGCAGGGCUACCUUGGACCAGCCGGUGGCCCUUACCUUCCUCCGUCGAUGCCUCAGGGUCCUCCUGCGCAGGGCUACUCUCUUCCUAGUGACCAACCUGGACCGCUGCAUUCACUACCCCCCAACGUCUCAGCUCCGCCCAACGGCCAAGGCCCCCAGCCCCCGUAUAUGAGCAGUGGUAUGAACGCUCAGUACAUGAACCCAGCUGCUGGAGCCCCGUACCCAACUCAGCCGGGCAUGGCCAUGGAUAUGUCGACCUAUCACAACUCCAACAUGCCUCCCGUGUCCUAUCCCUUAGCGGCUCCUCCUCACCAGGCUCCCCAGCAGCAGCAGGCCGCGUACUACCAGCAGCCUCUGCUGUGAAACUCUUUAACGGACAGCGGAACUCAGAAGAUCAACACAUACUUCAGAUAUUUCAUUUGGCAAAUUGCGUGUUCAUUCGGCUUAACCUCUGUGUGAGUGUGUGUGUGUGUGUGUGUGUGUGAGAGAGAGAGAAGUGAAGUUUAGGAUAAUUCCUUUGGCUUUUUUUUUUGUGCCUGAAUCAAAGGAAGUGAAAGCUGAAAUAACUGAGGUGUGUACGUACCAGAUGUUUGCCGUGCAUCUGGGUCAUGUGAGGCUAAAUAUGGCUCCUGGGGGGGUGGGGUGGGGGUGGUUGGGGGGGUUUUCUCCUGUCCUCCUUUUUCUUGGCCGACUGAAAGCAACAACAACAAAAAAAAAUGUCACAGGUCAACGCAGAAGAAGAGCGAGGUUAGACCGUCAGUGCAGCACCGUUAAAAACGAGACGAGCAGCGUCUAAUUCACGGAGGUUAGCGUUCGAAAAUCCAGCAUAAUGCUACUCCCACACAACGCCGGCUCUGGACUGGUUUAUUGUUUUUCUAUUUUUCAUCACACACCCUUCCAGAGAAAUGAGCAGCUGUCCUCCGUCGGUGUCUGCGUUCGAUGCGUUCGGCCUCAGUGGUGCAGAAUUUUGGCAGCAACAGUCGAGAUCAGUGUGAGACUCCAACACUUAAGUUCACGCGUGGAGCAAAUCUUUGUUUCUCUGAGAUGUGAGACUGAACUGGGGAAUAAAUAAGAUAGAAAACAACAGUUGCAUGUUGUAAUGUGUGUGUGUGUGUGUGUGGGUGUGGGUGUGGGUGUGUGUGGUUGGGGGUGAGGGGGGGGUUAAACUGAGCUGUUCCCAAAUUCUCAUGGACAAACAUGAGUAUACUCAAACGUGCACGUUAAGGUAGCUCAGAGGCUAGAGUGAAACCUGAUUUAUUUUUUUUGUUUUCUUUUUAACUACGUUCUUGUUUUUAGGUGGAUUCAUCCGAACUCACGUACAGUUUAUGUUCCUUAGAAACACUUUGGAUCGGUGGGAGUCGUCUUUCUGCAGAGUCAGCACUUAUCAGAUUUGCCGGCGCAGGUGCAAAAGCUUUUUUUUUGUUUGUUUGUUUGUUUGUUUGUUUUUUUUUUCUUUCUUCCUCACCACCAUCCAUCAUUGUAGCUGCUCUGAAUUUCUGAAGUACCGACUAUUUUUUUUUCCAAGUGUGCUAACAGUUACUUCAGCGUGAAUGGGGUUCGUAGAUUUGCUUUCGCACUAAACUCACUGCCUUGUAAUGUGGUUGCAUUUGAGAUAUUUAUGUAAAUCGCGUGUCGGCUUGUCUCGUGUCUGCGCGUGCGUUUGGAUUCUUUCCCGUCGGGUCGAUGCAAACAAAACGAAGGGCGGCUUUGUCUUAAAGGGGGAAAUAGUUGAUUCAUCUGAUGAAAAAGCUGCAGCUUCCAUUCGAGGGCAACCUGUUCGGAUCCCAUGUUUUAUGCAAACGCCUGACACGUCUGUACAGUUCAAUAUCGAAAAUUGUCAAUAACAUCCGCCUGUACUUUGAUUUACGUACUGUAUGUGUGAUUUACAUGGUUGACAAAUGUGUAAUUCUUCUUUUCUGCUUUUACUUAAAUUGUACAUGGACACAAUUAUUAUUAUUAUUAUUAUUUCCACAAAUCUUGAGUCGUUUGAAGUGAAGAAAGAGAAGCGGGACGUCACGUUUUGAACCUGUUGUUUUCCUUCGUAGAGUCUCCAGUCAGUAAUUCCUUAGAAACUGUAUAUUUCUGUCAAACACCCUGAUGUUAAAGACGUUGUAUAUUAGAUGUAAAAUACCUGGGUUUUUGUCAGCGACAUUGGCAUCGCACCUUAGCUUUGUAAAACGUUUCUUUACCACCGAAUGCCUUGAUUGAUCUGUAGAAAUCAAAAGAUGAAUGACACAACCUCUGGCAAGAAACCUCUGGAUAUGUAUAAUUAUGUAUAUUUAAAAUAGUCCAGGAGAAGUUCCUAUAUCCAGGAUUUUAAAUCUGCUUUUGUAACGGAGCAAACUUAUAAAUAUUCUUUGAAAUAAAAAAAAAAAGAAGUAAUAA